CUCAUGUGAGGGUAGUCAGCAACAGCACACAGACUAGAGCGAGAGACCUGAGAGUAGUUCAUUAGAAGUGGUUUUUACAGCUUUUGCACAACAUGCAUCUUCUGCUUUGGAGAAGAAAUGUUUUUGACUUAUUCUUCAGUCUGUUUUUCUUUUAUCUCAAAUGUAACAGCAUAACAGCUGUUGGUCAUGAUGUAUCAGUCAAAAAAGGAGGAAAUAUCACUUUGUUUUGUCAUCUGAUUGAGACAGAGGAGAAUUUAAUUCAUAUUAUCUGGCAGAAACAGACGAGAGAAACCCCUAAACCGGAAACCUUCUUAAUCGUUGACAAAGAUGGAAAAACUGAAAACAAAAACGAUUUACUGGACAAGUUCAAGUUUACUGGAAAUAUUAAAGAGAAGAAUGGAUCGGUUCAGCUGCUAGGAAUGACACUGCAGGAUGAUGGGAUUUAUACUUGUAUCUCCAUAUUUCCUAAUGGAAAAACUCAGACAGACAUCAAUGUCACCGUACGUGUUCCUCCGGUGGGAAAUGUUACAGGGAAGACACAUGUUUGGGGUCAUUCUGACAUUAUUCUGGCCUCAUGUGUCGCUUCCCAUGGCCGGCCUGCAGCAGAGGUGUUUUGGAGAUUAGGAGCUCUGAAUGACUCACUGAGGACAGAAACCAGCUCCACAGAGCACACAGACGGAAGCGUCACAUCUGUGUCCCACACACUUGGUGCACCAUCUAAAGAUUUAAACCAGAAGAAGAUCCAGUGUGUGAUAAAACACAGCACACUGACAAAGGAGCUAGAACUUGACUACAUAAUAAAUGUCCACUAUCCUCCUGACUUGGUGGUGAUAUCUCCUGAUGACCCAACACAGACUCAAGAAUAUCUUUGUUCAGUGGAUUGUAACCCAGCACCAACCAGCUACAUCUGGAUCAAAUUGAAUGGAAGUACUCUUCGUUCUGAAGGAAACAAGCUUUUCAUCCCAAAAUCCUCUACUGAUUCUAAUGGUGUAUACAUCUGUACAGCAUCAAACCAGUAUGGAAGUGCUUCAGGUUUCCUCUAUGUGAAUAACACUGGAUCCACUGAUGACUGCUGGCUUCUUUUUGGUUUGGUCUUCAGCUGUGCCGUCCUGUGGAUUUCUCUGGCCUACAUAUUGAGCAGUGGUCGAAAAAUGCAUCGUGUUUAACACUCAAGUAAUAGUAAAGCUUCAUUUGGACAACUUGUGAUUUUCUCUGUAUUUAGAUUUUUUUGCACCCUUAGACCAUUUCAAUGAAUUGACCCUUGUGACUGGUUUUGUUAUCCAGGGUCUUAUCUGUGCUGCACAUGUGAACCUGCACGAUGGGACUGUUGUGAUGUGGAUAGAAAAGCAGAAGCUAGUCAUCAAGCACUACGCUCAUAUUCCCAUCUGUCAUGGUCGGAGUUGUUAUGGUCAUAACUGACCGCGAUUACCAGAAGCUCUGUUUUUUGAAUGAUUUGACUUAGAUGAGUAGAUGAGUUUGCAAGCUGAAUAUCUAGAUCAGCAUGCAGUUUAUAAUGUUACCAAUCAGGGGCGCUGCAAAUGGGGCGAAGUUAGAAUGAUUCUAAUGGCACAUGCACUUUGGGGGGCCCAAGAGAUCUGUUUAACUAUAAAUAACAGUCAUGUAAUAGAAAUUUUAAAUAUAUCUAUGAAAGAGUUAAAGGGUCAGUUUGCCCAAAAAUGUAUGUCAUUAAUAAC